AUGAAUUAUGCAAACCCAUUUUCAUUAACUUCUUAAACUAGUUUUUUAAGUCCCAAAGAACAACGCAGCAGACUAACUAGUUUCCUAUCGUAAAACCACUCCAUAAGAUCGAAUAAAUCCGUGUCUCCCAAGAUGCAUUUUAUUCCAUAAUAAAAAAUGCUGAGGACUGAACAAAUAUCCCCUAAAUCCCAAUUCGUCCCCAAGAAUGACAAUAAGCAAUAUCAGAAACGGACUACUGGAAGAACCAAAUAUGUUUCUGAGCACACAUCCACUCCCUAUCUGUACAUUCAAAAAAAAAAACAUGAAUUUCGCAUUCCCUUAUUACCAAAACUAUCUCCUGAACCAAAAAUUGAAAGCCCUAGGAUUCCAUUCAUUAAUAUUAUGACUGAACCAACUAUUACAAUUGAAGAAUAAGGAGAAUAAGAAAGAAGUAACUUCGAAUAAAGAUUCGAAUAAAAUUAAGAUUAGCAAUUACUUUUAAAUAAAUCUAAUAAUUUACUAUAAGUCUCUUAAUUAUCAAAUAAUCAAGAUGAUCAAUUAUCAAACAGUAAACUCUCAAUACGAAGCAGAUUCAAAAAAGCGGUGUAAAAUUCCUUUCAUUCUCCAGCAAGGAAAUCCUUAUUUAAUGUAAUCAUAUCGCAUGAAUUUAAUGUCCUGCAAGAAAUAGAGAGACCAUAAAUUUAAAAAAGAUUUGAACCUGGAAAUCAGAUUUUAGCAUUAAAGCUACAAAUGAAGACUAUAAAAAACAUGAAAAAAAAAGAGAACUACAUUAAAGAUGUUCAUCUUAAAAAAGGAUUCGGGUUGAUUAACGUAGAACAAUUUAAUGUCUCAACUAAAGCAUUCUAAAGGAAGAUUAAUCUAAUUCAUUAAACAUCCUCAAGAAGUCUUAUGCAUUAAGAAUAAUUCUCCUUGUUGCCGAAAUCGUAGAGAAAAUCAAUUACCAGUGUCUGUUCUUAAACAUAAAACAAUGUAUUGAUAGUUAGCUAAGAUAAACAUGCAUAAUUUAUUAAAUAAAGGAGCAAAGAGGUAGAUAAAGUAAAAGAGUAUGAAAAAACCAAAUUUAAUGUUACGAUUAGUUAUGAAAAUGUAGAAAAGAUGACUUUCCAAUUCAAUAGACCUCAACGUUUGAAUUAAUUCAAGGAUACUACUGAAGAUAUUACUCCUCUUAAACCUCCUUAAUCACCUAGAUAAAUAGUCCCUUUAUCUUUGAUUUCUUCAAAGAAUAUGCAAUCGAGUCGAAAACUUGAUUAGGUUUCAUCUUCAAGAAACUUAGGAGCUAACCGAUUUUCUAGGCUAUCCAUUCAAUCAAGCGUGUUUUCAGAGGAGGCAACCAAUAGUGCUGAUCUCAAAUUUGAUUUUAGUAAACCGAAUCUUUAUGUUAGAGUUUACUAUUAAAAUAAAUUGUAUAAAAUGAUGCAAAAAACAAAUUAUACAAAAUAGAAUUUAUAGGAAGUAGAAGAUAAUUUUCUUCCGAAAGUAGCCCUCACCAGUAGUACAAUUUUAACAAAUAUUUAUACUGUUAUGUCUACCUCUGAACAAGGUAUUAGAUAAAGAAAAGUCACAAAUGAAAACCUAAAUGACAAGAUAUAGUUUUCAGGAAUCCAAUUCCCAAAAUACAGUCUAGAAAAAGAAACUACAAUUUUCAAAUAUGAUGAAUAUUUUAAUGAGUCUGCAACUUUAUCAAGUUAGGAAUCUGAUGAUUCUGUCUCUUUGGAUAAUUUUUUAGAGAGUCCAGCUAACAACAAACCAGUUAUUAAAAAGAAUAGAACUUUGAAGAGUGAAAAAGCUCUCAAAGAUAAAAAUUAAACUCAAGAGUAGGCAUAAACAUAUUUUAUAAAAGAUGAUCCCAUUGAUGAAAAAUAAUUAUCAACAGGAGCUUUGAUUUUGAUUAAAAAAAUAAGGAUGGCCUUUUAGAUGCCUAUUAAUCUUUAACCAAUACUCAGUGUCCUAGAGCAAUAAACAAAAAAUCAUCUUUUAACUUAACAUGUAAAAGUGUGUGACCAUUUUGAAAUGGGAGUGUUGACAGAUAAGCAUUAGGCAGUAUUUGAAAAAAUGAUAAUUUAUCAAAGAAGUUCAAUACUCAAUAAAGUAAUCUGUUGCGCUAUUGAAUUUAAAUUUCCCAAUAUUUUAGUUGGAAGAUAUAAUUGCUAAACAAAAAUGAUUGAUGUUGAACACUAAGAACCAAUUUCAAACACAGCAAUAUUAGAAAAAUAAGAAAGCAAAUAUGAGAAGAUUGAAAACUAAUAAUUACUACAAACAUAGAUAAAGAAUUCCAUUAGAAGACAUUCUAAAGAAUUGAAAGAAUCAAUCAAUAAAAGAUAAACGAUAAAUUCAAAAAAGUAGAUUUAGUAAGGAUUAACUAAAUAGGAUUCACUCUAAGUUACUCAACCAUAAUAAUGGAACAGAAGAGCUAUGUAAACAGGGGAACUAACUAACCCUCUUACAAUUACCAUUUAGUAAACUAAUUAGUAAAACUCAAACCUUUUUACAUAAACUUCAACUGUUCUAAUUACUAAACCUACUUUAGUAUCUCAAUAAUCUGUAUUUAGAGUAAGUAGUUCUAAGCAUAUCGACCUUAACAGUCCUUAAUAAGAUCUUAGUUCAUCUUUUCAUUCUUCUUAAAAUGAGGAAUCAAGACGUUCGAGCAAAAUUGACUAGAUUCAACAUCAACAAUCAUCCCAAACUUAAUACACAUAACCUCCACAAUAGUAAAUUUCACAGUUAAAAAUGUAAAGUUAAUAGGAAGAUAGUUUUGAAAGUAUGUAAGAAUAAGAAGAUAAAUAUCAUCUUUUACAGGAAGGAAAGAAUGCUUUAAGUAUGUACAUGAAUUCUUUAAGGAUGAGAACACAGAUUAAGGAAUCUUAACGUAGACAAAAACUAGAUACAAACUAACUAAUUAAAUUAGCUAUUUUUAAUAACAAUUUUAUUGAGUUUAUGGAUAAUAUUCAAUUGAUUCCUGAAAUGUAAAUUGACGCUCCUUUACAGGAUGGAAACACUUUUCUGAUUUUAGCUGCUUAAUGUGGUUGUAGAGAGAUUGUCCAUGAAUUAGUCAGAAGAGGAGCAGACAUCAACAUUUAAAAUGAUGAUGGCAAUACAGCAGUUCAUCUAGCUCUGGCCCACGGACACUAUAGAAUUGCGGAUAUGUUAAUGGAAGCCGGAGGAAGCACUCAUAUUUUUAACAAACAUGGAUAAAAUGCCUGGAGUGUCCUGUGA